AUGCGUCUUCGUGCUGCCACGUUUUACGCGAGCAUCAUCGCAGCAGCCCAUGCAGCGACAACGCCAACACCCGAGGGCGAUGCUGCAGCAGUACGCGAGUACAACGGCUCAUGCACACACCCCGUGGUGCGCAAGGAAUGGCGAACGCUGUCCACUCCAGAGAAGCACAAUUACAUUGACGCCGUGCUGUGUCUCGCCACGAAGCCAUCCGAGAUUGGACUGGGGACCACGCGCUACGACGACUUUGCCUACUCGCACAUGAUCAACGAAAAGCAGAUCCACUUUGUGUCCAACUUCCUGCCGUGGCACCGCUACUUUGUCCACGUCUACGAGAAGGCACUCCAGGACUGCGGCUACACUGGAUCUGCAGUGUACUGGGACUGGACCCUCGAUUCGGACGAGCCUCGCGACUCGCCCGUCUGGGACAUUGAAACUGGAUUCGGUGGCGAUGGCACGGGAGGUGACCCUUCAUGCAUUGUAGAUGGCCCGUUUGCUGGUUUCCAAGUCGCCUACCGCGCCAGUGGCUACGCGCCACACUGCUUGUCCCGCCAGUUCAACGGCAGUGGGCCCAGUAUGCUGAAGCACGCAUACACACCCGCCGUAGUCGAGGGAAUUUUCGGCAUCCCUGGCUAUGACGCCUUCAGACAGCGGUUGGAGAGCUAUCCUCACGGGGCCAUACACAGCGCCAUUGGUGGCGACAUGGUACCGGCUCACUCACCCAAUGACCCGAUCUUCUUCCUGCACCACGGUCAGGUCGACCGCAUCUGGACGCUCUGGCAGCAGGAGAACCCCGAGAAUCGGACCUUUGACUACAGUGGUGUGAGGAGACAGACGUUCCCAGGCGGCCCCCAGCCAGGCCAGGCAAGCCUCGACGACCUGCUCGAGAUGCAAGGGAUGGCCAUGGACCUACCAGUGCGCGACUUGAUGCGGUCGACGAUGGUGCGGUGCUCUUCCAAGGAUCUCGAGAGCUUUUCUACUUUUCUGGAUGUCUGCCCGCGUGAGCGAGACCUCUUUUCGACGGGUAUCUUCAAGGAGCUGCUGCUCGAGUCCGGUGCCUCGGGAUGGCCUGAGACUGCAUGUGUUGGACUCGAGGAGAGGACCCCGGACUCUCUCCCUACCAAACGUCGGCCCUUUGUUCGCCAUGCAGGCACAUGGCGCCGGCACCCCGUCUAA